ACACUUAUCGGAAACGGACUCUGAUAACACAAACGGCGCAGUUAGCAAACUCGUCGUGUUGACAGCUGCUUCGGACAGAAAAUUCUGUCGUAUUAAACAUAAAAAUGUCUAUAUUUACGCCAACGAAUCAAAUCCGUCUGACUAACGUGGCGGUGGUGAGGAUAAAGAAAGGAGGGAAGCGCUUUGAAAUCGCCUGUUACAAGAAUAAAGUUAUGAACUGGAGAGCAGGAGCAGAGAAAGACCUGGAUGAGGUGUUGCAGACAAACUCAGUCUUCGUCAAUGUGUCCAAAGGUCAGGUGGCUAAGAAGGAUGACUUGACCAAAGCUUUUGGGACAGAUGACCAGACGGAAAUCUGUAAACAGAUCCUGGCCAAAGGAGAGCUCCAAGUGUCAGACAAGGAGAGGCAGUCUCAGCUGGAGACCAUGUUCAGGGACAUUGCAACUAUUGUGGCGGAGAAGUGUGUCAACCCUGAGACCAAGAGGCCGUAUACAGUCAAUCUGAUUGAGCGGGCGAUGAAAGACAUCCACUACUCUGUCAAAGCCAACAAGAGCACCAAACAGCAGGCUCUGGAAGUGAUUCGGCAGCUGAAGGAGUCCAUGGAGAUCCAGAGAGCCCACAUGAGGCUGCGGUUGGUGCUGCCAGCCAAGGAGGCCAAGAGGCUGAAGGAGAAGCUGAAGCCGCUCCUGCAGGUUGUGGAGAGUGAAGACUUUGAUGAGGAGCUGGAGAUGGUGUGUCUGGUGGAUCCCGGCUGCUUCAGGGAGAUGGAUGAGCUGAUCCGCUGUGAGACUAGAGGGAAAGGCACUCUGGAGGUUCUCAGUCUGAAGGAUGUGGAGGAGGGAGACGAGAAAUUCUAGUAACCCAGCGAGUCAGGACUCUGCACCUUAUCCACACUAACAUGCUUCACUGCGGCACACAAACUGUAAACUCAUUUAUGAGAUUAUAUUUUUGAAGAGAUUCCUUCUAAUUUCAGUCAUUCCUGUUCCUGUUCCUCUCUGUGUUUAAAGGAGUUGUUUAACUGAAAAAACGUUUUGCCAGACGUACAUGCUGGGUGGAAUGGAUUUUGGAAAAUUAAUUUGAGCAUUUAUACCCACACCUGCAGGUCGGUAAACAGUCCUGGCCUGCACUCACUUAUUUAUUCAGGUUUUAUUUUUAAGCACCUCUGUACCAUUAACCGAACUUUUCUGCCUUCCAUCAGACUGUGUGCAUAUGGGAGAAAUGUGCAAAUGUCUCCCAGCUGCACUUUGUGUGCCAUGUAGUCCAGCUCAGCAUCUCCAUUUAGUGGAUAAUUACUUUAACCCAGUAACUUAUAUUUUGUUAUAAUGAAUGACCUUGCUCUGUUGCAAAUAAAUAUUAAACAAAAUAUUUUA